AUGGCAGCGUAUAAGCUUGUAGCAAUCCUUGCAACUGUACUACAACUUUGUCUAUGCCAAAUUACACCAGAAGUAAUGCCAGAAUUUCUAUUUCCUCUGGAAAACCACACGGUGAUUCAAGGACGCGACGUCGUUUUUACAUGUGUCGUCAAUCAUCUUCAAACAUUCAAGGCCGGACGAAUUGCUCGAGGUGAUCCUGGAAUCAAUCCUCUUGACGCUGCUUGCAAGAAGCACGAUAUAGCCUACAAACAAAAUAAAGAAAAUAUACAGGCUAGAAACUCGGCUGAUAGUGUACUAGCUGAUGAAGCUUGGAAACAUGUCUUUGCUCAGGACACAGGCUUAAUUACAGCAGCUGAAAAAGCAAUGAUACAAAGUAAUGAUGCUCAAACUAUUAUUAAAUCUGCUCUCAAAAGUGUACGUGCAGCUGUAAAAAAGACGGGUGGAAAAAGAAAUGUAGAGAAACCUCGAAGUUUACCAGUUCCAAAGAAAUUGGGUGGCUUUCUACCCUUUCUUAUACCCAUCUUUGCCGGUCUAAGUGCUACUGGUGCGCUAGAUAGUGGAGCUGUGGGAAUAGAUAAAGCUUUAACUGAAAUGGGUUACAUGAACGUCGUGAUUCCUCCUGAUAUAAUGGACGAUGAAUCGUCGAAUGGCUUGGUAACUCAUGAAGGUGGAAAUAUCAGACUCAAGUGCAUAGCAACAGGUACACCUGAGCCCACUGUCACUUGGAAACGAGAGGACGGUCGAAAUAUUGUUCUUCGUGAGAAUGGACAGAAAAAAUCCCUCUCGAGAUACGAGGGAGAGACUCUGGAAUUAGCUGGUGUUCUCCGACAAGAAAUGGGCAACUAUCUCUGCAUAGCCAGCAAUGGCGUACCUCCUUCGGUCAGCAAACGUUACUCCGUUCACGUUCACUUUCCUCCAGUUAUCAAAGUGUCAAAUCAACUGGUGGCUGCACCAAUAAAUAGCUCCGUAACACUUCAAUGUUCUGUGGAAGCAUCACCUCACGCCAUGAACACCUGGUACAAGAAUACAAGUGAUAAAUUACUUCCCAAUGAUAAAUACACGAUGAAAGAGCAGGCUCUAAAUGAUUAUUCCUGGAUAAUGAAUCUGACAGUUCAUGAUUUGGAAAAAAAAGAUUUUCAUGGCUACAUAUGUUCUUCUGUGAAUGCCCUCGGUAAAGCAGAAGGUGUUGUUCGACUACAAGAACUGCAUCUCAUGCCUAAAACAACCCCAAUCACAGUUCCGAAACACGUGGAGAUAAAACCGAGAAAAAAGCCAGUGAAUAAGGGAAGGAAAAAAAUAGGAAAUCGUCGACAACACCACAAUGAAGAUUUUGAAGAUUUCGAUCCAGGAAUUGGAAACGAAGAUGAUUUUGGAACAACUCAAAUUAUGGCGGGAAGUACACAAGAAGGUCAAAAAACAGAAAGACCUCUGAUAGUACCUUCCUUAUCUCCACCUUGGGUAAUUUUGAAUGCGGCAAGUACCAGGCAAUACUUCUUGUCUCAAUACUUGUUUCUCAUUUUGCUCCAUAUAAUGACGCUCUAA